AAAAAAGAAAAACAAAGAAAAAAAGAAAAAGAAAAACGAACGAAAAGCGGAGCACUCAAACCAAAUUCAUUUUCUUCGUCUCAUCAUUACCAACCUGAACCAGAGUAAAAUAGUUGAAGCUGCGACUUCGCGAAAGAAACCCUAGAUCAAGGUGAAGAACAUAUACUACACGUGCUUUCAGAUUUUGUGAUGAUUGGCAUCAGAGACAAGAAGGCAUUUGUAAAGGUGAUUGAUUAAUGGAUGAUGUAUAUGGAAAAGUGGAGGUUUUUCCAGAACACUUCCAGCCAUUAGAUCAAUCUAAUGACUGUCUUAAUGCAAGUAAUUCAAGAACUAGUCAUUCGCUAAGAUCCCGUAGCCAUUCCUGGUCUAUAAGAGGAGUAAUGGGUGCUGCAUCUCUUAUGAACUUGCUAACUUUACCACGCCUUCGAUGGUCUUCUAGCACGGAGGAGGAUGACAAGAUAGUAUUAACUAAGGCGGAGGUGGAAGCUCUCCAAUGUGAAAUUGCAGAUGCAGAAGAAAGAGAAACUCAUUUAAAAGCCCAGUUGGAGAAUCUUGAUGAAGUUUUGAGGUCUGCUUGGCUUUCUGGAUAUCUCUACAUUCGAACUAGAUGGACUGCCCUUCCUGGAGAACCACCCAUCAUAGAUGAUGAGGAGGUUGAUGAUUGGCUUCCUCGCUUUGUUGUUCUUCAAGGGUCAUAUAUGUAUUAUUAUAUCAAAUCUACAGAUUUGAGCCCUCAUGACACCACAUUGCUAUCUGACAUUGUUGAAGUUGGGUCGCUUCCAAGCUUCUUGCAAGGAGAUCAAAAGACAAGAUAUGCCUUUUACAUUUUGACCUAUCAUGGAUUGCGUUUUGAAUGCUCAAGUAUCUCUAAAAUACAGUCACUGUUGGCUAGCUAGCUUGCCAAUCCAGCCAGAUGCCAAAGUGUGGUGUCUUCCUCAAAACUAGAGAGAGGGAGGGAGGGAGAGCCAAGAAAACGGCAAAAAUAACAAAUGAGGCUUUGGCUGCCAGACAAAUCUGGUGGAUUUCAAGCACUCCAUCCACUCCACACUUCAUUUCAGAAAAACAAAAGAACAGCACCUAUACCAAACAGGCCUGAUAUUGUUGUUGUGAAAGCCAAAUUAGCGCUAAUAUGCGCAUCUGUGAUUGUCAAAUAUUUCCUGGUUUCAGGUAGAUUCAUGGCUGAGAGCACUAAGAACUGAUUGUAAGCUUGAAAGUGAUGGUGCAGCUCCAGACGACUCGUUGAAGUUAUAGCAACCAUGCGCAGUCCUAUCACUUCAUUGUACAUAAUUGGUCUCUUUUCAUUGUUCAAUUGAUACAAUCAUUGUGCAUUGUAGGUUUAUUUCUGAAGUUGAAUUAGGUAUGUGCAGUAGUAUUUUUGUGAAUUUAGUUUGUGCAAUAUUAUCAUUGCAUUCAAGGUUGAGAACAUUAAGGACUGACUGCAAGUUUAUGAGUUGUGUAAUCCCUCCAUGACUCAAUAGAGUUGUACUAGGAUUGCAAAGUACUUUCCUUUACAUAUUUAUUUUGAUUGUUAAACAUUUAUUGGUGCAUUAAUGUAAUUAACAAUUUGUAUAGGAUAAACUUACCAGCAAAUGUAAUUUUAUCAAAUGCUUAUCAAUCA